AUGGCAAAGCUUGUCAUGUCUCUCCCUGAGAACAUUCACCCUCACACCUUCAUCCACUACCUGAAGCAAACGUACGACCUUCCAGACGUCUUCUACGUCGACACAUGGCCAGUGGGUGAUCAAAUCUGUGCCGUUGUCAACCCAGAGCUGGCGCAAUAUGUCACGGUUCAGCACUCCCUACCAAAGCAUCCGGCCCUAGAAAGAACAUUGAAUCAUAUCACUGGUUUCAAAUCUCUAGUCGGCCUGGAAGGGCAGGAGCAUAAGAGGUGGAGAGCCGUCUUCAACCCCGGCUUUUCCACAGCGCAUUUGAUGACGCUCGUAAGUGGCAUUGUCGAUGACUGUACGGUUUUCCGUGAUAUUCUUGUCAAACAUGCCGAAAAAGGGGACAGAUUUCUACUAGAGGAAGCGGCAACGGGAGUCACAAUCGAUGUGAUUGGGAGAGCUGUGCUGCGUAGCGAUGCAUCUAUGAAUGCACAAACUUCAGAAAACGAGUUCGUCGAAGCGUUCCGCAGUCAACUCACCUGGCUCCCCAAAUCGGGUGACAUGAAUCCAUUCAGAAUCUUCAACCCUGUACGGCCGUUCAUUUUCCUGUACAAUGAGUACAGAAUGAAUCGCUAUCUGACCAAGGUCGUUUCAAAUCGGCUGCAAACCCGCCAUGACCUCGAGAAUGGGAACGAAGAGAAGAAGAAGCGUGGAAAGCCAAUCCUAGACCUUGCUCUCGACGAGUACCGGGCAGAGGAAGGGAAGGGCUCGACUAAAAACCUCGACGCGGGCUUCUUGAAGGGGGUCAUGCCCCACAUCAAAGUCUUCAUGUUUGCUGGCCACGACACAACAAGCUCAACAAUAUGCUAUGCCGCAAAGGCCAUUUCAGAAAACCCAGAAGUUCUCCAGAAAUUUCGCGCCGAGUGUGACGAAGUGUUCGGUCCCAAUAUCGAACAGACAGCGCAGAAGAUCAAGGAUGACCCACGUAUCAUCAACCGCCUCACGUACACCGUUGCUGUAAUCAAAGAGACCCUCCGCCUCUUCCCAGCAGCUAGCAGUGUCCGCCUGGGCCAACCAGGCUACAUGCUGCAACACGAAGGUCGUCAAUACCCCACAGACACAUUCAUGACAUGGCCCGUUGCCCACGCCCUACACCAUUCCCCCAAGUUCUGGCCUGAAGCAGAGUCCUUCAUUCCCGAGCGAUGGCUGGUGAAAGAAGGUGACCCGCUCUUUCCCAUCAAGGGAGCAUACAGACCAUUCGAAUGGGGCCCGCGCAAUUGUAUUGGUCAAGAGCUAGCAAUGAUAGAAUCCCGAGUCGCUUUAGUGCUCAUGCUCCGUGAUCUCACGAUCGAGGUAGCUUAUGACGAGGGCAAGGACGUGAAGAAGUCUGGCGGGCUGCCCAGGACGACGCCGGAGGGAGAGCGAGCGUAUCAGAUUCUGAUCGCUACGGCCAAGCCUGCUGAAGGCAUGCCUGUGAGGAUGAAAAGGGGGUAA